AUGGCUGCCGCGCCAAUCCGAAGAGCUUCACAACGUCAGCUGCGACGUCCUCCCAGGACUGUCGCGACGCGGAGCGAGGCGCAGGCCGUCCUGGCAGUCCGGUCCAAGCCCCAAUCGAAUCAGUACGAUAACGACAGCUCCGAGGAUGAGAUUCCUGUACCCAUGAAGCUUAGCGCUCUCACCAAAGCGCUUCUGAAUGAUGAGGGUGAUCACGAGGCCGGCCCGGAACCCCGAGCACCGCCCUCGCCGCCCCGAACCCGCCGCCAAGCAAGUGCGACAGUAUCUGGUCCGGCUGCUGCGACUCGACGAAACACCAGAGCCAACAGCUCUCAAAUAGAGGACGCCUCCAGGAACUCGAGCCCCUCACGCGAGCACAGUCCGUCGAGGAAAAGAGUAGUACGCUUGAGCAACACGCCGCAAAGCCUGCAUCAGAUGGGCAGCUCUGCAUCGAAGCGUCGAUCCACGUCUGGUUCCCAGCCCCAGCCGGCCACUAGACCUGGAUCAGGCUCUCGCCAAGACAGUGCCGACGGCACACAAGACGGACCACAACAGGAGGCUGGUAUCAACACGCCUGCUCAGGGUCGUGUUGUCCGUAUUGUGACCGGUUCCUCUGGAAAUCGCAGCCGCCUCGGAUCAUCUGGGCCUUCCUCUGGGCGUUCCGACUUUGGUCGAUCGGUCGUGGACCGGUCUGCCGUCGAGGCAGAAGCUGAGCACAUGGAAGCUCCCGACACAGCUGCCCGCAACACGGCUGUUGGUAGUACCAGCGUAUCUCGCUACCCGUCAACGAGACACAGGGAGGAUAACCCGAAUCCCCAGGGCUCAAUGCGCGUCAAGCGUGUUGGUAAGCUAUCUGGUAGUUUUCUAAGCGGACCUGCUCGCCGCGGUCGCCGUCGGCAAAGCGAGGAAGAGGGGGGAUUCGGUGAAAUGGGCUCACAAGAACCCGAAGGCCAAGCCCAGGAGGAACCUGGACAAGCCCCGUACUACCCCGGCUUCAAUUCUGGUAGUCCCGUUAGCGGAAGCGCUGUUCGUGGCAACCACCGCCGAAAUGGCUCCAAGGUAGAGAUCCGCGCCGACUCCGCCAAGGCGUCACCUCAACCCUACGAAAACCGUGGUGCGCGUCCUGCCGAGCCCUCCCGCAUUGGAGACAUUGGCCACCUUGUCUCUGUCGGUCGUCUUCAGAUGCCCGCCAACAGUGACAAAGAAAACGAAGUUCCUUUCCAUCAGAAAUGGGGCAAGUCGUCUAUUGGAGGUGACAAGCCAGUCAUGGCACCGCCCCGUAUCGAUAUUGCUAUUGACAGGGCCGUAUCUCCUGAUCGCAAGCCCCUGACAGCCAUCGCUCGCAACACCACACCACAUCGAGCAGCACCUGCACCGCCGCCCAAAAUGUCCGUCCUAGAAGCCGCCACUGCUACUGCUGGCGCGGCGGUGACUACCCAGACGAAGCAGCGCCGAAACAUUCUCAAGGUUAAUAACAAAGUAUAUACCCGCCUUGAAUGUCUUGGACGCGGUGGAAGCGGAAAGGUCUACCGAGUCAUGGCAGAGAAUGGCACCAUGAUGGCUCUCAAGCGAGUCUCACUUGAGAAUGCGGAUGAGUCGACCAUCAAUGGCUACCUAGGCGAGAUUGACUUGCUGAAGAAGCUUACCGGUGUUGAUCGUGUCGUGAAUCUCUAUGACUCGGAAAUGAACCAGGAAAAGCAGAUGCUGAGUUUGGUCAUGGAAAUGGGCGAGAGGGCUUUGGACAAGGUCUUGCAGAACCACCAGUCUGCUGAGUUGGCUAGACUCGACCCUGUCUUUAUUCGAUUCUACUGGAAGGAGAUGCUCGAAUGUGUGCAGUCUGUUCACAACCACGCCAUUGUUCAUUCAGACCUGAAACCUGCCAACUUUGUUCUUGUGCAAGGACGCCUGAAGCUCAUUGAUUUUGGCAUUGCCAAUGCCAUUCAGACCGAUGUGACUGUCAACGUCCACCGCGAGACGCAGAUUGGCACACCCAACUACAUGUCGCCCGAGUCACUCAUGGAUUCCAACAGCGCCCGUGGACCACGUGUCCCUGGCCGUCCCAAGCUGAUGAAGCUUGGCAAGUCCAGCGAUAUUUGGUCACUUGGAUGUAUUCUCUACCAGAUGGUCUACGGUGUGCCGCCGUUUGGUCACAUUGUCAACCACAUGGCUCGCUGCCAGGCCAUUAUUAACUGGGAUCAUACCAUUGAGUUUCCCACACGUGCCACCGGCGGCUUCCUUGUGCCGCCUUCUCUGAUUCGAACCAUGAGACGCUGCCUGAUCCGCGAGCAGCAUAUGCGUCCUACUUGCGAAGAACUUCUUCACUACUCUGACCCCUUUCUCUACCCUGCCGAAAUGAGUGACAAGGCUCUGCCCAUCGACGAAGAGCUUCUUGGCCGCAUCAUUCAGAGCGUUACUACCCGCUGCCGCGAGCGCAUGCCGACUGAAUCGGAAGCAUCCAGUGUUUGGCCCCAAGCAUACUGGGCCAGCAUUCGCAAAGCCAUGGUUGGGAAGAUGUAA